AAUAUAGAAGUAAUUUGUACAAUUAUAACGCGCCGAGCUGUGUUUUAUUUUAUUGUUUCUAAAAAGAUGUAUAUUAUCAAUUUUAAUUGGUUUUAUCCAAAUCAAGUUAAGGCUUAAUCACACGAAAGAUUGUGUACAAUGGUAGUGAGUGAUGUAAUCUUUCAAUGCGUGUGGUGAAAAGAAGGCGAAACCGUUAUUGUUUUUCUGCCCAAAAUUGAAGCUAUUUAAUAAAUCUUGAUAAAGUUAAAAAAACUGUUUUGAUUUGUUUGUUUUUGUUUUAAUUGUUUCCCGUGAGUUUUCGAAAUUCGUUCCAGCAGAUUCUGUGGCUUCUAGUGCCGGUAUUUUUACGUGAAAAAAAUACUGUUUUGUUGUAAGGUCAUUUACGAAAUCGUUAACGUUAGGACCAACUUCUGCGGGUUGUACAACUCGAUGUAUUACAUAUCUUUCGGAAUACUGCUAAAAGUGUAAUUUUGUAUUGCACUCUUUACUUUUAUCAUUCUGUGGGAAAAGGCGGUACAAAAUUUUAACACGAGUUAUUCGUUUUUCGUAGUUUCGCGUAAUCUAAUUUUCUCGCACAUUUUGAAAAAAAUAUCCCCGUGCUUAGCUCUCGUUGAGGUCGGACGUAUCUAAAACGCUCCGGUCUUGGCGCGCUAAGUCGAAGAAAGAAAAAAGAAGACUAAAGCUUGAAGAGCUCCUGCUUUGACAGCUAAGUCCUUUUUGAUUUAUUAUAUAUUGUACUGCCUUCUUUACUUCAUUUAUAUCUUUUCAUUUCUUUAAUUUGUUGUUUUGUAAGUUUUUAAAUUAUUGUUUUUGUUAAUAAAUUGUUUUUAUCCCAGUCAGUUUUUUAUCCAUCUAUCAUCUAAUAUGGUAGCUUUGCUGUGUUGUGGAUUCCUGCUGCUCCUUCUGUGUAACAUCGUAUCGUAAGGAAAUGGGCUUGCCUCAGAUCCUUCAAACAUAGUUUUGGAAAAGCACAUAACCGUAGAAUGACCUCUACGACUUAAAAAUAACUUUACUCAGUGUUUUCUACGGAAGCCGAGAAGGGACACUGAAAAAAAGAAAUCGAAAUCAAGAAAAGAUAAUUCAAAUCGAGAAAAGAAAAUUCAAAUCGAGAAAAGAAAAUCAAAAUCGAGAAAAGAAUAUUAAAAUUGAGAGAAGAAUAAAUCAGAAGUAAAAAAAAAAGAAAGCAUAAAUAUCGGAGAAAAAGAAAAAGGUUUGAGAAGAAAAUUAAAAAAGAAAAUGUAUUAAUUAAUUUCGGUUGACGUGUUAUUGUGUACCAAAACAUUGAUUGCAGAUAAAAAAUGGCGUACUGUGUAGCGUGUGGAUCUGAAGUCAAAACAGAGAAUACUUUUUGUGGGAAAUGUGGCGCUAGAACAUCAGAAAACGAUACAUCUUGUACUCCAUCAAAUACGAUGCCUUUGAAUAGUUUUACCGAGGGUCGAGAAAAAUACAGACAGACCUUCUUCAAGCCUGGUACAAAAAAGAGACAUAGUAUAUCAUCAACACAACAACAUUUGUACCAGCAAAACAAUCAUCUACUUCUAUGAUGGGAACAAAUAUAAGCAGAAGAACAGUUCAAAAGAAUUAAAAAAAUCAGUGAUUAUUAAUGUGGGCAUAGCCUUGCGGGAUGAGUAUGGAGAGAUGAGAGUUGUUCGUGGACGAAGACUUUCUCUAAAAGUAUUAGAAGCAUCAUCUGGAACACUUGCUGCCAUCGAAAAACAUGGCAACCACAAUCAGAAAUUUUGUGCCAUAGAAGAUUGGGUUUUGCUCUAUCCAGACUUUCAAGAAGUCAUAUGUAUGCCUGGUAAAAGUGUUUCUUUUAAAUUAAAUGACUACAAGGAAGACCUUUGUAAACCAUAUUCCCAAAUUUUAUUUUACCUGUGUUUGUCAUCACAAUUUUAUCAUAAUAGCAAAAAAAGUAACAAAAUCGAUUACAUCAAUGUUAAAAAUACGUCCACCAGAGUUGAUAAUGGUUACAAUUUUUUGACAACAAUUGACGAUGUAGACCAUCCAUUCGGUUUACUUAAUGAUCGAAGCAGUUGCAGUUCUAUCCCUUCAACAGAGUAUAACAGUACACACAGUGCAUUUCCUACACUUGAUAACAACAUCCAUUCAAUUGAAAAUUAUAUUGACAAUGAACCAUCUUUAACAGACAAACUUGAAAACUUGCAGGCGUUUCUGAAAAUAGCUGGAACUGUGGAACUUUCAGUGAGGCAGAGAAAAAUUUGGCUUGACACACUAGAGAAAUUACAACGUUUAUAUCGUGAAGGUGUUAAACCGUUUACAAUCACAUUCAUUGGUGAAGUAGCACAAGAUGGUGGUGGGCCACUUAAAGAGUUCUUUGCAGCACUUUUCGAUGAUGUAAAAAAAGUAUUUAUUGCAAUCAGGUGAUAAUGGCUCAACAUUCCUGCAUGACUUCGAGAAAUUACAAAAAGGUCAUAUCAAAUUAUUUGGUAACCUAGUGUCAUUGGCACUCAUCAUUGGUUGUGCUGGGCCAAGGUAUUUUAUGCCUUGUGUUGUAUCGAAGCUCUUGGAUGGUGGUACAGAAGUUUUCAAAGUCGAUGACGUCCCCGAUAUUGACAUUCAACAAAAACUUAAAAAUGUAUUAUCUGCCACAGACAAUGCUGCCUUCAAGACAGCUUUACAGCUUUUCCCAGAGAGAUAUGAUUUAGGAGUUACAAAAGUCAAUGUAAGUUUAGAAGAUAAGUCAUUAUUUAUUGACAACAUCAUCAGACACUGCUGUUUAUCCAGUUGUGCAGAAGAAAUUGCCUCAUUUUUAAGUGGGUUGGAUAUUCUUGGAAUGUUAACAAUUUUAAAAACACAUUACAAAGAAAGUGAAAUCGAAAUUACUAUUUCCAAAUCAUGUCAAUCCUCAGAUGUAUUGAAAAUUUACACUACAGUAGAAUACACGAGUAAUACAGAAGAUAAAUCACUAUGUGAAGCAGAAGAAGACAAUGUUACAACUGGACAAAUUCUUUAGAAAUUUAAGAGCACGAGGGAUCGAAAAAAGUCAAAAUUAUUUGUCUGAACGAAGAAGGGCAUGAGUCAAACAAAGAGCAUGUAACUUAUGUACAUCAUAUACUACUAUGUUAUAUUUCUAUGGAUGAAAAUUAUGUUAUUAGUUUCAAA